CCGAACAGAGAGUACAGUCUCUGCUGUCAUCGCCGUGGAGCCGGGCGGAUGCUGAUGGUGAGCUCUGCUGCAGACGCAGAAGUGCAAAAUUCAGGAGGGAUCUGGGAAGUGUGAGGAGUGAGGAAGAGGAGGAGGAGGAGGAGGAGUGGAGGAAAAGAGGAGAGGAGAGGCAGACUGUCUCCCUCCUUCACCCGGCAGGGCUUUUUCUGCAACAUCCUCUCACUUCAUCAUGGAUCUCUGGAGUAAAAAGGUCUGGGGAAUUAUAACGCAGGUCACCCUGAUACUUCUCAGCUGGUACGGGGCAACAACAGGACAGGUGUGUCACAGUCCGCUGGUAUCCAACCUGCUGCCGUCGUCCUUCAGAAGCUCCUCCCGGUUGUCGGGCAGCCACGGGCCGGGCUUCGCUAAGCUGAACCGGAGAGAAGGAGCCGGCGGUUGGUCUCCUCUGAGUUCAGACAGAUAUCAGUGGUUGGAGGUUGACCUCGGCGGGCGGACGCAGAUCACUGCUGUCUCUACGCAGGGUCGCUACGGCAGCUCCGAUUGGCUGAUGGCCUACCUGCUGAUGUUCAGCGACACGGGACACAACUGGAAACAUUAUCGACAGGAAGACAGCAUAGGGGCGUUUCCAGGUAACAGUAACGCAGACAGUGUGGUCCAACACAAGCUCCAGCAGCCAGUGAUCGCCCGCUACGUCCGCCUGAUCCCUCUGGACUGGAACCCCAACGGUCGGAUCGGCCUCAGACUGGAGACCUACGGAUGUCCUUACAACUCUGACGUGGUGAGCCUGGAUGGCCGCAGCAGCCUUCUCUACAGGUUGAGUCCCAGCAGGCCGAGGCAGGAGACCAGGGAGAGCAUCUCUCUGAUAUUUAAAACCCUGAGGAACUCUGGGAUACUGCUUCACGCCGAGGGACAGAGCGAGCACAGCGAGCACAGCCUCGUCCUGGAGCUGGAGAAAGGAAAGCUCCUCCUGCUCCUCCGAAAAGGCAGGAGUUCUUCCCCCGACAGCCAGCAUCUGGUGUCUCUGGGCAGCCUGUUAGACGACCAACACUGGCACCACGUCACAGUGGAGCAUCACAGCACUCACCUCAACCUCACCGUGGACAAAAGCACACUGUGGGUGCAGAUCCCACCAAGGUUCAACCACUGGGACCAUGACCAGAUGAGUGUGGGAGCAGCAGACCAGGGCCUCGGCUCUCGGAGGUCAGCCGGGUCAAACAGAAACUUCCACGGCUGUUUGGAGAACCUGGUUUACAACGGCGUGAACCUGGUGGACCUCGCUAAACAGAGAGACCAGCGGGUCACUGUGAAGGGCAAUGUGACCUUUUCCUGUGCUGAACCCAUUUUUGUUGCCAUGACGUUCACCAGCCCCCAGAGCUUCCUCCGGUUGCCAGGGGCGACGGAACCGUCAUCCACAGGCGCGUCGGUGGGGCUUCAGUUUCGGACGUGGAACAAGGCGGGGCUGCUGCUGACCUUCGAUCUCCCAAAGAAAGGAGGUGCGGUCUGGAUGUACCUGAGCAGAGCCAGGCUCCAUCUACAGAUCCACAAGGCUGGCAGGGCGCCGCUGGAGCUCAGUGCCGGUUCAGCUCUGAAUGACGGUCAGUGGCACUCCGUGGAGCUGAUCUCCAGACGAGGACAUCUGACCGUCUCCGUGGACGGAGGCGAAGGAGCCACUGCUCACGCCAGUCCGCCGUUUCCUGUUACCACGGGAAGUCAACUCUUCUUUGGAGGAUGCCCCGCUGAAGGGAGCAGCCAGGACUGUAUGAACCCCUUCAAGGCUUUUCAGGGCUGCAUGCGUCUGCUGACGGUGGACAACCAGCCCGUGGACUUGAUCAUGGUGCAGCAGAGGCUGAUGGGAAACUACAGUCACCUGCAGAUGGACAUGUGUGGCAUCAUCGACAGGUGUUCUCUGAGUCACUGUGAACACGGAGGCAGCUGCAGCCAAUCAUGGAGCACCUUCCACUGUAACUGCUCCGGCACCGGCUACAGCGGAGCCACCUGUCACAGCUCGAUAUACGAGCCGUCCUGUGAGGCGUACAAACACAAAGGCAACACGUCGGGUUAUUAUUACAUUGAUGUGGAUGGCAGCGGACCCGUCAGACCACAGCUGAUCUACUGCAACAUGACAGAGGACAAAACGUGGAUGGUGAUCCAGCACAAUAACACAGAUCUGACGAGAGUCCGACCGGCGCCGGGGAAGAAUCGGCACUCGGCUCACUUUGACUACGCGUCCGAGGAGAAGCAGCUGGCGGCCAUCAUCAGCCAAUCAGAGCACUGCGAACAGGAACUGACCUACCACUGCAGGAAGUCCCGCCUCCUCAACACACCGGACGGGCCUCUGCUCAGCUGGUGGCUCGGCGGUCCAGGUGCAGGACAGGUGCAGACGUAUUGGGGCGGAGCUCCACCCGGCAGCCAGCAGUGCUCCUGCAGCCUGCAGCAGAACUGUGUGGACCCCAAACACUACUGCAACUGUGACGCUGACCGCACCGAGUGGGCUAAUGACUCCGGCCUGCUGACCAAUAAGGAGACGCUCCCCGUCAGAUCUCUGGUGCUGGGUGACGUCCAGAGGCCCGGCUCAGAAAGCGCCUACAGGGUCGGACCUCUCCGUUGUCAUGGAGACAAAAACGUCUGGAACGCUGCGUUUUUCGACAAGGAGACGUCGUACCUCCACUUUCCCACCUUCCACGGAGAGCUGAGCGCCGACAUCUCCUUCCUGUUUAAAACUACUUCAUCCUCUGGCGUCUUCCUGGAAAACUUGGGCAUCAAAGACUUCAUUCGGAUCGAACUCGGCUCGUCCUCUGAGGUCCUCUUCUCCUUCGACGUGGGUAACGGUCCGCUGGAGGUCCGUGUGAAGGCCGACUCCCCGCUGAACGACAACAGGUGGCACCGCAUCCGAGCCGAGCGCAACGUUAAAGAGGCCUCGCUUCGCCUCGACGAGCUCCCCGCCGCCACGCAGGAGGCUCCCACUGACGGGCACAUCCACCUGCAGCUCAACAGCCAGCUAUUUAUAGGAGGCACGGCGUCCAGGCAGAAGGGCUUCCGGGGUUGUAUCCGCUCUCUGCAGCUGAACGGCGUCACCCUGGAUCUGGAGGAAAGAGCGAAGAUCACCCCCGGGGUUCAGGCGAGAUGUCCGGGUCACUGCAGCAGCUACGGCUUGCUCUGCCAGAACCGGGGCCGCUGCCUUGAGAGGCCAACCAGCUUCUCCUGUGACUGUGGUUCGUCUGCUUACACUGGAGCCUUCUGCGACAGAGAGGUUUCAGCCAGCUUCAAGUCGGGAACAUCCGUCAGCUACACCUUCAAAGAGCUGAGCGAGCUGAACAGCAGCAGCAGCAGCAGCAGCAGCAGCAGCGCCCGGCCUUCCUCCUCCUCCAUCUACUCUGACCUGACCCUGAGAGCAGAAAACGUCUCCCUGAGCUUCAGGACCAGCCAGAGUCCCGCUCUGCUCCUCUUCGUCGGCUCCUACCACAGAGAGUACCUCGCUCUGCUGCUCAACAAGCACGACAUGCUGGAGGUGAGAUACCGACUGGACGGCAGCAAAGAAGCAGAGAUCCUGAGGAGCAACGUGAGGAACCUCGCCAACGGGCAGCUACGUGCCGUCUCCAUCAGCAGACUGGCAGACGGCGUCUCUGUGCAGAUUGAUCGGAACACCAAAGAGGACUUCAACCUGACUUCUGAUGUGGAAUUCAACGGCAUCAGGUCGCUGGUUCUCGGCAGAGUGCACGACUCUGGAGAGUUGGACCCGGAGCUGUCUCGGCUGGCCUCUCUGGGUUUCACAGGCUGUCUGUCCGCCGUCCUCUUUAACUCCAUCAGCCCCCUGAAAGCUGCUCUGCUCCACCCAGGAACCGGCCCCGUCAGCGUUACCGGCCCUCUGGUCCAGUCCAUCUGCGGCUCCACUUCAGCCAAUCCCUACGCAGCAGAAACCACGCACCACCUAUCAGGCCAGUCUGGAUCGGUGGGAACGGGUCAGCCCGUGGUGAACGCCGUCAGGAGUGACUCAGCUCUAAUUGGAGGAGUGAUCGCGGCGGUGGUCUUCGUGACAGUGUCUGCGUUGGCCGUGAUGGCCCGAGUCCUCUACAGGAGGAAAGGGACGUGUCAGAGCCAGGAAGUGAAAACGGCGAAGCCCGAAGACAACCCGGAGCUGGCGUUCAGCAGCCGGACCGGCUCACAGAACGGUCCGAACGAGAACCAGAAGGAAUAUUUUAUUUAGGAGGAGGUUGGACCUUCAGACGAACAGAGACAGAGAUGCCUUGUCCAUCCUCAGUGCUUUACACUAUACAAACUAAACCCGAGCAAAGACACGAGCAGAACCAAACACUCCAUACGUUCUGACUUCUCUUCUUCUCUUUCUGCUUCUGUGGGUGUGUUUUUUUGUACAGACUGUAUAUAGAUACACGUGUUGAAUUUAUAAUAUGUCAAUACCCAGUAGAGCAAUUGUAAAUAUUUAAAGAGGUAGAUCUUAAACUGAUGACUUUAUAUCAAUCAGUCCUUUCUCUGUUCUCUUGACAUGAUUUAAAUCCUUUAAAUCAUUUAAAGGAUUUAAAUGAUUUAAUGAGGAGCUGUGUUUUUCAUGGAGUUGUUGGUAUGAAAGUUAAAACAGCUUUGUUGGGUCUGAGGUCAUUUAAAUACAUUUUCCGACAUGGAUAAUGAAGGUUUGACUCAGUGAGCUUCAGUUUCCAGUUUUGUUUUUGUAUUUAUUUGUUUGCUUCUGCUGUAUGAACUGUGGCAAAGCAAAAUGUACCCGUUCACAUUGAACAUUUCUUAUUUUCUCAAAGUUUUACUCACCGUGAUUCCUUUUUCAUUUCGUUGCAGCUUGAAGCAAAAACUCACAUUUAUUUGUCUUCUUCCUGCGGCGCUCCAGCCUCCAGCUCUCAGUGUUCUCUGAACAGUAAAGGUUCUGAGACCGACACGGUUACUCUGGACUUUCUGUUCCCGACAUCAUUCAAACUAAAACAUUUUAUGUAUCUUUUAAACACAAAUGACAUUUUCUGAAAGAGAUUCAGAGAAGCAAAAUAAGUAUGAAAGAAAAAAAUCCUGUAUCAGCAGAUGGAGAGCGAAGGAGUUCACGGGAAGGUGUUAUUCAGGUCCAACCAGUCGAGCAACCAAACAGACAAGUCACAAUCAACUUCCUGUGUUGCAACUUGUGUGUUUCUACGCCACAUUUUAAGCAGCGGUCUGGAUUUUUUGAAGUUUAGAAAACUCCAAAGUGCAUAUUUCCACUUUGCUGUGACCAGAUCUUUAGUAUCUUAUCAGAAUAAGCCACGUCUUCGUCAAAACAUUUAAUGCCAACAAACUGCCACUUGGACGAACUCAACAUCUAAAUGUCUCGUCUUCAUCUUAGGGCUGGUCCGCACUAACAGAUGUUUCAAAUGUGAGAGUGACAACAUAACAUGAUAUGUUAAACUUAACAGUUUUGUUCUUAUAGUGUGGUGAGCAGAUAUGACGAAAAUCUCACAAAAUCUCUGGCGAUCAAACAUGACUUAAGUGUAAACAAGCAUGGCGGACGACGGGAAGGAAGAAUUAGUGAUGUUAGUUUUUACUUUGUGGUGAAAAUUCACGAAG